GCACUGAGAGUCAGUCCUUAGAUUCGUAACCACCUGAGAUUGUGCAUAACACUUUGCACAAAAUCCACAUUUAUGUUCUUCAGGUUGGAUUCGCGUGUUUUGGUAAUGCUUCAGCUUCGUUGGAACUGUGACGCCACCGUGACCGUCCAGCACAAGGACCGAUUUAAAGUAUGGAUUACUUAUGUAUGAAUAAGAAAACAGAGCUAUAGAGGCGGUCUUUGCUAUAUAUCACAGUUUUAUGUGUACUCUGCUAGGCUCGACUAUUUUCUUGGCUCCUAACGCUUUGGAUUCCUGUAUCUUGUGGCAAAGACUAGCUCUUUGAGAUCCUCAAGUCAUAAUGGCAUAUUUUUUAAACUUUAGGGGAGCUUCAAACUAGUCCAGCUCAUCAUACCGUAAAUUCCAACAGCUCGGAAUCAUGGGUUCGUCUCAGAGCAGGUUCGGCGACGAAUACACACUCGGCCAGUGCAUAGCUCAUGGAGUAUCAUCGCAAGUAAGGGAAUGCAGGAACGAAAAGGACGGGAAUGUAUAUGUAGUAAAGAUUUACUCGUCAAACUGUGAGAUCGCAAACGCCAUACGCUAUGAAACUUUUAUACGAAAGAAGAGCAACAUCAGCAUCAUACCAAAUAUACUACAACUAAAGGACUGCUUCUUUGAAGAGUACUACAUUUAUUAUAUAUCGCAACGUUAUACCGGUAAAGACAUUCUUACCUCUGUUACCCACGGAUUAAAGUAUACAGAGAAUGACCUUGUACAUUAUUUUCAGCAAAUAUUUGUUGCACUCAGCACAUUGCAUGAUGCUAACAUUGUUCACAGGAGUAUUAGUGCUCACAAUAUUGUGUUUCUCGACCAAGAAUGCAAAAAUUUGGUGUUACGAGGAUUCAGGUUGUGUUUAAACUCAUCUUUCACUUUUUUUAGGUAUAUGAUAAACCUGAAUGAGUUACCAAAGUUUGGAGCAAUUAUUGAGCAUUCACUGCAGUAUUUAUCGCCAGAAAUUAUUUUACAAAGUACGACAGUAGCAAACGCGGCAAAGAGUGAUGUUUGGGCAUGUGGAGUUAUCCUCUAUGUUCUCUUGUUUGGAGUCCCUUUAUUCUCUAUAAACCAAACGUUGGAAAAAUAUAGCCAUGAAGUCAUAAACGGUCUAAUACGUUGGGACCAUGAGUCUCCUCUACUCUCCAAAGAUUCGUUAGCAAUCGACUUUUGUAAGUCGUUAUUGAGAGUGAAUCCGGAGGAGAGACUUUCGGCAAAGGAUGCACUUUUGCAUCCAUGGUUACGAGAUGAAAGGAUUCAACAGUGUAGUAUAGAUGUUGCUUCAUCAAACUUUUACGGAAAGGUCAAGAAUACUAUAGAGGAGCUCAACGCUCUGGAGCGUCGCACCUGUAUAAAAUAUUCCCAAAAGUUUGACGAUGCGACGUUGAGGGGUAUACCGCUUAUUCUUCGGAAGAUAUCAUCUAUUCCAUACAAUUUAUCCUCGAAAUCCACGAGAAGAUAUGACCCAGAAAAGUCCGCCAGACAGAGAGAUCCAGGAUGCUUCCCCAAAUGUCUAACUCUUUUAAGGCAUAGAAAGUUUGGACGUAAUUCUCCAGACACUAGAGCUCUGUUUGAAAUGGUACCAGAGUAACUUAUGGGAUGGACAACACCACCUCACUUUAAAUGUGUAUUAGUAUC